CGGGGCUGGAGCUUGGGCCGCAGCGGUCCCACCGUCCUGAGCAAGGGCUGACAGGAAGCAUCCCAGCUGGGCGGGCGGGCAGGGCCGAGCGGGAGGUGAUGGCUUUUGCUCAGUAUCCCAGGGAGGAGGAAGGGCUGGGAUGGGGUGGGGCGCAGGUGGAGGCCUCUCCUCCCCACCCCUCUGCUAGUCUCUCCUCCCCUUUGCGGAGUGAAUAGAGGCUUCCUGGCUGACCCUGGAGGAGGCCCUGGGUGGGCAGUGGGAUUGCGGGCCCAGGCCUAGGGAUCCCGAGUCUAGCAGCCAUUCCUGCCAGACAUUAAAACAAGAAGAACAGAACAGUUGGGUUGACGCAGCCAGACCUAGACUGCGCUCAGAGCAGCCCACCUCCCCUCGCUUUGCCCUGGGCAGGCUUAGAUAACGGUCUGGGACCUGCGUGCUCAUGCAACCUGCUGCCUCCACCCAGCGCAGCCGCUCCUUUCCCUCCUCCCUGCCCAGAAGAUGCUGAGAAUGACAGCUUUUAGGCUGACGUAUUUCUUUGGCAGAUUAGUUAGAGGCCAGGCUGGCUUGUGAAGGUAUCCACUUCUGCCUCUGCUCAGGAGACAACUUACAAACUUUUAAGUAUAAAAGGCAGAUGAGCUGGGAACCUGAAAGUGGGUUGCAUCUGAUUCUAAAAGUUCCUCCCUCUCGCUGCCAUUACCUUAUGCUGCCACAAAGUGGUGAGUUAGAGAUUUGCCUAGGUGGGUGGGCCUUACCUUUCCAUUCAUUACCUAGAAUGUUAGCGACUUGGAGGGAUGGAACCCCAUCUCAUCUUUCUGGAAAGGCGAUGAGAAGUGCUCAGUGGUUAGCAUGCUACAUCCGCCAUUGCUGAGCAGAUUGGCAAUUCUUUUACAUUUUCCUGCAGACCUUGGUACUGUUAGAUUCAGAGGAUUUUGGAUUUUUUUUUUUUUUUUUAAAUCUGGGUACAACUAGAGUGGAGAAGUUCUGCUGUGUGGACAUCGAGGCUCAGUGGGUCUAUGGACCUCCCACCUGUCAGCCGCAUCAUUCAUUGCUCAGGUCCCUGCAAGGCCCUCCAGUCUAUGUGUGGAGGUACUUGCCAGGGUGGAAGGCCUGGGGAUAGUUGAGGGGUGUGUUGGCCAGCCCUUCCCAGGAGAGGGUUUUUGAGAUGGUCCUUGGCUCCAUGUGCUUGUCCAAGUGACUGCAGGAGGCCAUUUGCCACUGGGCUCUCAGACUGGGCGGUCCGGCCUCUGCCACUUCACAGUUGCUUUAGGCUGACACCUGUCUGCCUGCCAUGAUGUUUACAGCCACCUGGAGCCAGGCCUCCCAGAUACAGAGCAGUGGCCUUCCUCUGAGUCCUGGCAGGCCUUAGGGAAACAUCUGUAUGGAGGGGGAAUUACUCCAGACUCUUACUGUGAGGCACCUGCCUGAAGGAUUGGCAGGAAACUGGAGAGGACUCAUGGAGACUGGGAUGCCCUGGCCCAGGGAUGGGGAACUAAGGUGGGGGGUGGGGUGGAGACAGCUGCCAUCUCCUCUGCUUGGAGGAGCUGAGUUGCCAGCAGACUUUGGUUGGGUGUGAAGGAAGCAGGUCUCCCAGCAGCAAGCCUCCCACUUCCUUGAUUUAUGUCCAGGUGGAGUGCAGGAAGAACAGGAGAAAGCUCAGGGAAUGGCUGCUUGUUCCUACCUCAUGCUCACACUUUCUCUCUUCCCUACAGAACCAAUCACUGGGGAAGGCAGAGCCUCCCUGGUAUGGCUGGGACCCUACCUGGAAGAGCCCCCUGUCCUGUAGACAGAGCCUUGUAGUCUUUCUUGGUUAAUGACUUGGGCUGUCUGACCAGUCCCUCUUCUGUGCCUUGUCUGAGGUCCUCGUGCAUCCCUGAGAUCGUGCGGCUUCUCUCUCUCUGGGUUGGGUCACCGUAAGUGGGAAACUGAAGCCAUUACUUACCAAAACCUGUUUCAUCUUCUCAAGCAUGUCGGAAAGCUGGCAGCAACCAGCACAGACGCCACCGCAGCAGCCGCAGCCGCCACAGCCUCAGCACCAUGCGGAGCCACCACCAGCCCUGGCUGAACACACACUGCCUCCAGGCACAGCUGAGAACCCCCUGGGCUGCGCCGUCUAUGGCAUCCUCCUGCAGCCUGACCCAAGCCUGCAGCCCUCUCAACAUGCAACCCUGCAGGCAGCAGGGGAGCCAGGCCCCAAGUGCGGAGUGUGUGGUCACGACCUGGCGCACCUGUCCAACCCACACGAGCACCAGUGCCUGGCGGGCCAUGACCGCUCAUUCCAGUGUACGCAGUGUCUGAAGAUCUUCCACCAGGCUACCGACCUGCUGGAGCACCAGUGCGUGCAGGCUGAACAGAAGCCUUUCGUCUGCGGUGUCUGCAAGAUGGGCUUCUCCCUGCUCACCUCGCUGGCCCAGCAUCACAGCGCACACACUGGUCUAGUGAAAUGCUCCAUCUGUGAGAAGACCUACAAGCCAGCCGAGGCCGCGGAGCCGGGCACCACUGCUGCCCCAUCGGUUCCUCAGGCACCCUGCUUUUCUGAACAGGCCGACAAGCCCUACAGCUGCUCCAUCUGCCAGAAGCCCUUCAAGCACCUGUCCGAGCUCUCCCGGCAUGAGCGGAUCCACACGGGAGAGAAACCAUACAAGUGCACGCUGUGCGACAAGAGCUUUAGCCAGUCUUCCCAUCUGGUGCACCACAAGCGCACACACAGCUCCGAGCGGCCCUACAAGUGCGCGGUGUGUGAGAAGACCUUCAAGCACCGCUCUCACCUCGUUCGCCACAUGUACGCGCACUCUGGCGAGCACCACCUAUUCCGCUGCAACGUGUGCGAGCUGCAUUUCAAGGAGUCGUCGGAGCUGCUGCAGCACCCGUGCACGCCAAGUGGCGAGAGGCCCUUCCGCUGUGGCGAGUGCCAGAAGGCCUUCAAGCGGCCAUCAGACCUGCGGCAGCACGAGCGCACACACAGCGCCGAGCGACCCUUCAAGUGCGACCUGUGUCCCAUGGGCUUCAAGCAGCAGUACGCGCUGAUGCGGCACCGGCGCACGCACAAGACCGAGGAGCCCUUCAAGUGUGGCCUGUGUGAGAAAGGCUUCGGGCAGCCCAGCCACCUGCUGUACCACCAGCACGUGCAUACCCUGGAGACUCUCUUCAAGUGCCCCAUGUGCCAGAAGGGCUUUGACCAGUCGGCUGAACUGCUGCGGCACAAGUGCCUGCCGGGUGUGGCCGAGCGGCCCUUUAAGUGCCCCGUGUGCAACAAGGCCUACAAGCGGGCAUCGGCCCUGCAGAAACACCAGCUGGCCCACUGCGCCGCAACUGAGAAGCCCCUGCGUUGCACCCUCUGUGAGCGCCGUUUCUUCUCCUCCUCCGAGUUUGUGCAGCACCGCUGCGACCCAGCCCGGGAGAAGCCACUCAAGUGCUCGGACUGCGAGAAGCGCUUCAAGUACGCGUCAGACCUGCAGCGGCACCGACGGGUGCACACUGGCGAGAAGCCCUACAAGUGCCCCAACUGCGACAAGGCCUUCAAGCAGCGUGAGCAUCUCAAUAAGCACCAGGGUGUGCAUGCCCGCGAGCAGCAGUUCAAGUGCGUGUGGUGUGGAGAGCGCUUCCUGGACGUGGCCCUGCUGCAGGAGCACAGCGCCCAGCAUAGCGCUGCGGCUGCGGCUGCAGAGGGGGCCUACCAGGUAGCAGCCUGCCUGCCCUGAAUCCCCGCCGUGGCUCUUACCAGCCUGCCUGGAGUCCACGCCAUGGUCGCCAGACCCAGUCCAGCCUAGCCUCCUUCUGCUGCCUUGCACCAAGCGCCCCACCCAGCUCGGAGUUCUGAGGCCUUGGGAGUGAGGACAGAAGGAGUACUGGGUAGGUAGAGGGUGUGGGUGCUCAGCCCUCCUGACACCAGCCUAGCAGGUUGCUGUGAUGGUCCUGAACCUCUCUCCCAUUACAGGAUUUGCUUUCUUGAGAGCCGCCAGUCUCCCUUAUCUCUGGGUGACUAGAACCAGGCUAGAAGUCUGGUGGCCUUGCCCUGUCCCACACAUGGGGUGAUGCCAGCCCACCUUUCCCCAACCUUUCAGGCUUCUUGGAAACUAGAUAGGUUAGGAAAGAGGGUGGUCAAGGAGAAGAGAGGACCUGGGCCCAAGAGGCAGGCUCUCAAGCUACUGUUUGGGAAGAAGGCCAGCUUUAUGCCAUGGUCCUGAGGGCCAAAGAGCAGACCGUGAGACACAGUCUUCUGUUGCUCCAGCCACGAUGAUGAGCCCCUCUGGGUGGGACGUACAGGAUGGGGGUCUUUGGGCUGGGUCUACCUGGAAAGCAGUGGGCCCAGCCAGAAGAGGGACAGCAGAGAAGUCCCUGUGACACCCUCAGCCAGGGACAGUGCCAUCUGUAGGGAGAGGAGGAAAGGCAG